UUUCUUUCUCUUUCUCUUUCUUUCUUUUUUUUUUCUUUUUCUUUAAGGUGGGGAAAGAGACAAACAGGAGACAGGAAGCUGAUCUGCAAGGAUUCGGAGUUGUGCUAAAAGGACUUUGAUUUUUUUUUUUUUCCUCUCUCUCUCUUUACAAACGCUGGCAAUUGACAUCACUACAGACAGCCUGGUAGAGAACAAACUGCCUCAUCCCAAGUGGACCCUGGCAGCUGGGGGAAGGAAGGCAAGAUCUGGGGAGGCUGUGUCUGUUGGUCUUUUUUCCUACCGAUACCCCUCCUUUUUUUUUUUUUUUUUUUUUUUUUUUUUGGUGUGUUUCUUUUUUAAAUUCUUGCUGUGUUGGAACUAGCGAGUGGUGGAAGACGAGGGAUUUCUGAAGCCUCAUCAGUCAUCGAGACUGUCAGGAAUAGUGGUUUAAGAGGAAGCUCGGCCUGGGGCACUAUACCCUGUCAUCCAGUUCCCUGCCUCGGAGAUAAAGAUUCCAGCUACAUGGGCAAACGCCUGGAUCAGCCACAAAUGUACCCCCAGUACACUUACUACUAUCCUCACUAUCUCCAAACCAAGCAGUCCUAUGCACCAGCUCCCCACCCCAUGGCACCUCCCAGCCCCAGCACAAACAGCAGCAGCAACAACAGCAGCAGCAACAGCAGCGGGGAACAGUUGAGUAAAACCAACCUGUACAUUCGAGGCCUUCCUCCAGGCACCACUGACCAGGACCUAAUCAAGCUGUGCCAACCGUAUGGAAAAAUUGUAUCCACAAAGGCAAUUCUGGACAAAAACACAAAUCAGUGCAAAGGGUACGGUUUUGUGGAUUUUGACAGUCCUGCAGCCGCACAGAAAGCAGUAGCGUCUCUCAAGGCAAAUGGCGUGCAGGCACAGAUGGCCAAGCAACAAGAGCAAGACCCAACAAACCUAUACAUCUCAAAUCUCCCCAUUUCUAUGGAUGAGCAGGAGCUUGAGAAUAUGCUGAAACCCUUUGGACAUGUCAUUUCCACAAGAAUACUAAGAGAUGCUAACGGAGUCAGCAGAGGCGUUGGCUUUGCCAGAAUGGAGUCUACUGAAAAAUGUGAAGUGGUAAUUCAACAUUUUAAUGGAAAAUAUCUGAAAACACCACCAGGCAUCCCAGCCCCUAGUGAGCCUUUACUGUGCAAAUUCGCUGAUGGAGGACAAAAGAAGCGACAGAAUCAAAGCAAAUACACCCAGAAUGGAAGGCCUUGGCCCAGGGAAGGAGAGGCUGGCAUGGCUCUGACCUAUGACCCCACAGCUGCCAUACAGAAUGGAUUUUAUUCUUCACCGUACAGUAUUGCAACCAACCGCAUGAUUCCACAGACAUCUCUCACGCCAUUCAUUGCUGCUUCCCCUGUCUCCACAUACCAGGUCCAGAGUACUUCAUGGAUGCCUCAUCCGCCAUACGUUAUGCAACCAACAGGUGCUGUGAUUACGCCGACAAUGGACCAUCCUAUGUCAAUGCAGGCAGCAAACAUGAUGGGCCCCCUGACACAACAGAUGAAUCAUCUUUCAUUGGGCACAACAGGAACGAUUCAGUCCCAAGACAGGAUUAUGAUACUCCACCAGCUGUUGUGUCAGUAUAUGACUGCUGCGGCUCCUAUGCAAGGGACCUACAUUCCCCAGUACACGCCUGUGCCUCCGACAGCUGUUUCUAUUGAAGGUGUUGUUGCUGAUACCUCUCCCCAGACAGUGGCACCUUCAUCCCAGGACACCAGUGGUCAGCAGCAACAGAUAGCAGUGGACACAUCCAACGAACAUGCACCUGCAUAUUCUUACCAACAGUCUAAGUAA